CAUUUCAGUUCAACUGAUUUGUUGACAAUUCAUUUUCUGUUUCAGUACGACUUCACGUUGGAGAGGAGUGUAAUGGAAAAGAUGAGUGAGUGGCGGCAGCUGAGGCACUCUCAACGCUCUGCGAGACGUGAGCGGAUAGAGGCUGAGCGGCAGGCGAGGGCUGCGAGUGAACCGGAGGAGAAACUCGGCCCACCCGAGCGUCCCCUGAGUCCACCCACCUCCAAACCCUACCCCAUCCUCACGCCCGUCCCGAUAAACGCAAGUACCCAUUCACAAUCCACCAACUACUCUAGGUCCUUCAACAUUUCCGAGUUCGAACAGGACACGGCGAGUCCGUUCGACAACAUGGAACUGAAGACUAUCAACGAUCUGGAGGAGUUGGCGGAUAUACUCCAGCCGACUGUGAUUAGUAGUGAUAAGGAAUCCCUGGACGAUAACAAGAGCCCUCCCCCCAGACUUAACGGGUUCAAUAACCCGUAUAACUAUAAUGGUGCAGUGCAAUGGACAAAUAGUUAUAGUCACACAGGCGGUGGUGUGUAUCCCGGUUGGUACCGGGAACCUAACCCCGCCUUACCACAGUAUCCCCCACGCAACCCAACAAUACAGUCAUAUGUGGUGCAGAGGCUGGAUCUCAACCAGAGUUCCCGGAGCGUCCCGGACCUGGUGCAGCAGCUGGAGACGGAACUCCGGGACAAACGGGAAGCGGAGACACGGCGAAGUACGGAACAGCCUCAGCGGCCCGCCAGCAUCGGACCUGCGGAGAUGUCCCAUAAGCCUAUGUCAGCUCUAGACACAACAAGGCACUCAAAACCUGAGUCAACGUCUUCUCUGCCCAACCCCUACCACCAGUUGGCACCUGCUUGUCAGCAGCUGACUGACCGUCUUGCCGAGAUGGGCUUUCCUCUCCCCCGCGUGGCACGUGCAGCUGAGAAAUUUGGAGAUGAUGAAACUAGAAUAGUGGAGUUCCUGGUGCAGGUGCAGUGGCUAGAGGAGAUGAACUACCCAGCAGACCGUGCUGAACGAGCUCUGGUGGCCAACGACUAUCGGGAGAACGAGACUGUCAUGUACCUCAGGAUACUCGGGCAGCUGCUGGAUCUCGGUUUUCCAGAAGAUAAGGUGGAGCGUGCUCUGAAAGACUGUGGCUCGGACAGGGACAAAGCUCUGGACCUGUUGAUUUCGUAGCAGCGGCCCCGUCUUCAUCCUCUCUCACCAUCCGCUUCAGCCUUGCACCAUCACAUCAGCGUACGGAACAUUCUUUAAAGUAUUUAUUUUUCGAUUAAGUCAUUAAGUGUAAUUUAUUUAUUUUUGAAAUAAACACGGAGCGUUGUUA